ACCCGGGUGUAGUGUUUUUAUUUUUGCGUGUCCAACGGUAGUCAACUAUGACAAACACAGGUGGCCAUAUCUCGGCGAAUGCAGAGGUACAAGCUCGCAUUGCGCGGGCGUCAAGACGNGAGGGUUACGAGUUCAUCGAUGAACUUGCGACACAUGCCGUGGGAGGAAGGGACGGAGGAACGAUGGCUCUGAAAGGAGUCUUCAAGGAACGACUUCUUCAGAUCGUUUCGGUGGCUACACAGGUGGCCAUAUCUCGGCGAGUGCAGAGGUACAAGCUCGCAUUGCGCGGGCGUCAAGACGCCGAGAACAGGCAAACAAGAUCGACCUCGAACCAGUCAUCGCCAAUGAUAUGGGGAUGGAGUGUAGACGCAUCGUAGAACGCGUUUUCGUUUGAAGUUGGCGUCUUGUUUGAGAGUAGAUGUGACAGAUUUGCGUAGAAUAGGGUAAGAUGUUAUCAUGAACGGAGAUGAAAGGGCUUUUCCAACACGGAGAUGUAGCAUGGAUCAAAGCAUUUGUUGGAUUUCAGCUUGUACAAGAGGACAUCAACGCAGUAGUAUUUUAGCAAGCUUACGAACGCAUAAAGGAUACCAUGAGGAUUGUCAUUGGUUAUAUUUCAAGUUGAAGCGGAGAUAUUUUUACGAUGUAAGUGACAGUAGAAACAAGUCCUACAUAUGUUGUUGUACUUCGUAUUGGUUUGAUAUUCAUGUAGAG